AUGGGUAUUUGCAACUCGACAUGCUGCGGAGGGCGAGCCCGCGAUGGCCUCUACGAACCUGCUCUCGCCGAUAGCGAGCGAGAGGCGGUUGCCGACCUUCUCCAGUAUCUCGAAAACCGCGGCGAGACCGACUUCUUCUCUGGCGAACCGCUCCGAGCCCUCAGCACGCUGGUUUUCUCGGAAAACAUCGAUCUACAGCGCAGCGCCAGUUUGACGUUUGCCGAAAUCACAGAACGAGAUGUCCGUGAGGUCGAUCGCGACACUCUUGAGCCCAUCCUGUUUUUGCUACAAAGCCCCGAUAUCGAGGUCCAGAGAGCUGCCAGUGCGGCACUUGGCAAUCUCGCCGUCAACACCGAGAACAAGGUUCUUAUUGUCCAGCUCGGUGGCCUGACGCCUCUGAUCCGACAGAUGCUCUCGCCAAAUGUCGAGGUUCAGUGCAACGCCGUAGGAUGCAUUACAAACCUGGCUACGCAUGAGGAGAACAAGGCCAAGAUCGCCCGGUCAGGGGCUUUGGGCCCCUUGACUCGACUGGCCAAGUCCAAAGACAUGCGAGUUCAAAGGAAUGCCACCGGUGCUCUUCUCAACAUGACACAUUCUGACGAGAACCGGCAACAGCUGGUCAACGCUGGCGCCAUCCCCGUCCUUGUCCAGCUUCUGUCUUCUCCAGAUGUCGACGUCCAAUACUAUUGUACGACCGCUCUGAGUAACAUUGCCGUCGAUUCCAACAACCGCCGGAAACUGGCCUCCUCAGAACCCAAGCUUGUCCAGUCCCUCGUAAAUCUCAUGGACUCUUCCUCGCCCAAGGUCCAGUGCCAGGCCGCCUUGGCCCUCCGAAACUUGGCCUCCGACGAAAAGUACCAGCUGGACAUUGUCCGAGCCAACGGUCUCCACCCUCUUCUUCGCCUCCUCCAGUCAUCGUAUCUUCCUCUCAUCCUCUCCGCCGUCGCCUGCAUCCGCAACAUCUCCAUCCACCCCUUGAACGAGUCUCCGAUUAUCGAGGCAAACUUUCUGAAGCCCCUGGUGGACCUCUUGGGCUCUACCGACAACGAAGAAAUCCAGUGCCAUGCCAUCUCGACGCUGCGAAACCUGGCCGCUAGUUCGGAUCGUAACAAGGCGUUGGUGUUGGAAGCCGGAGCCGUGCAAAAGUGCAAGCAGCUUGUGCUGGAUGUCCCCGUUACCGUUCAGUCCGAGAUGACGGCCGCCAUCGCCGUCCUCGCCCUCAGCGACGACCUCAAGUCUCACCUGUUGAACCUCGGUGUUUGCGAUGUCUUGAUUCCCCUGACCCACUCGGAGAGCAUCGAGGUGCAGGGCAACAGUGCUGCUGCCCUGGGCAACCUAUCAUCCAAAGUUGGCGACUACUCCAUUUUCGUCCAGAACUGGAACGAGCCCAACGGUGGUGUCCACGGGUACCUGUGCCGCUUCCUCCAGUCCGGUGACGCCACCUUCCAACACAUCGCCGUGUGGACGCUGCUGCAGCUGUUCGAGUCCGAGGACAAGACCCUGAUUGGCCAGAUCGGAAAGGCUGACGACAUUAUCGAAAACAUUCGACUCAUUGCCAACCGCCAGGUUGCCGAUCCCGAAGUCGAGGAGGAGGACGAAGGCGAGGUGAUCAACUUGGCCCAGCGAUGUCUCGAGCUCCUGGGCCAGAGCGGCGGAUCCAAGGCUCACAUUGAAGGCUAA